UCUGAACGGGUGUAGAUGUACAGCCUCAUUGGGAGCGUUCUCUUUAACGGGCUCGGCCUGCGCUUUGCCUCGUCUAACAUUAAAAGCCUUUGCUGCUCCUUCUCCCUCUUUCCUGGCAGGAACCUUUGCGCUGGGUUACGUAAACGGGCGGAGGGUGUUACGCGUUGCUCGUGGCCAACGCAGACGGGCAGGGGCAGCAUGGCAGCGGGGCAUCUGCAGCAGUUCUGGGGGGCGGCGGGGCUGAGCCUGUCCCGCGGAGUGCUGAUGAGCCGCUUUGCGACUCUUCGGCCUCUUGGCCUUUUGGUCCCACCGCGGCCUCGGCCGCUAGUGAUCGGGGUCCGUGGGCUUGCGGACGAGGGUGGCCUGGGAACGAACCCUUUCUUCGAGAAAUACCGAACUAAGAUCCAGGAACUUCGCAGAUCCAAUCCAGAUCUUUUUGAAUCUCGCAUGGAGCAAAAGAAUGAUUUGAAAAAGCAGCCAGUGGGAUUCUCAAAACAGGCAGAGUUUGUCAGAUGCAUGGAGGAACAGACCGCGAAAGCAAAACAAACAAAAUCAGGAUUUACAAAAAAUAAGACACUUGAUUCUAUACUUAAUGUUGAGAUGAUGAAACAGAAGAAGCCUGAAGAAAUAAAGCAGAUAUGGAAGCAAUACUUUUCUGGAGAAGACACAGUUUAUGCUGUUAUUCCUGGAAAGACUUUUGAUGUGAUGUGGAAGCGGAUUCAGAAUUGUCCAUCUUUUCUUUAUGCACUGCCAAGGAAGGAAGGGUAUGAAUUUUUUGUUGGACUCUGGUCAGGAACAGAACUCCACUUCACUUCUCUGAUAAACAUUCAGACUCAAGGUGAUACUUCUCCCAGCCAGUUGAUUUUGUAUCAUUAUCCUGAGCUUCGGGAGGAAAAAGGAAUUGUACUGAUGACUGCAGAAAUGAACUCUAAAUUCUUGAAUGUGCAGGAAGCCCAAUGUCUGGCCAGCCAGGUUCAGCUCUUCUAUGCCACAGAGCGUCAAGAGACCUAUUGGUUAGUGGAAGCAUUUAACCAUCAGCCAAAUGAAUUUAAAUACAUGUCUGUAAUAAGUGAGCUUGAACAGAACAGAAUUGGGCAAGAACUGAGGCCUCAGGAGGAUCUGCCAUCACCAACCGCUUGAGAGGUGUAGCGGCUUUAACCAAAGACUACCGGCAUGGCAAGAGAUACCACCAUGGGACAGAGUUGCUAUUCCUUCCAGAAACAGUGCCAUUAAAAAGGAUGUCCUUGGCACCCAGUGGGGAAAAGAACCUCUUAUAAAGGAGACUACUUAAUACUGUGAGGAUGUAGAGGCACUUGUGCAGCCCCAUCUAUAUCUGAAUGUUAGAAGAAUGGAUAAGCAUUUAUGAUCACUAUGAAGUAUUUGAAAUUUCCUGCUCUCAGUUGCACACAGGUGGUUGGGUGUUAGCAUUCAUGAAGUUUCCACAUAUCUCUUGUUCAGCAAAAAAUGAGACUGAAAAAAAAAGAAGGGCCAAGAGGGGCUUUGGUUGAUGGUGUGAUACAUUCCUGGAUAUGGUAAAAAGUGCUUACUAUCAGUGACAUGCUAUCAUUUAUAGCCUGAAUGAGAAAAAGUUCCCACCUCAUGGAGCAGAACAGAUAAAGAAGUUCAGAGCAGGACUAAAGCCUGUGCUAGAGUCACGCUGAAUAUUCUUAAGCAUAUCCAAAAAUGUCUCAAGCCAAAAAUGAGAGGUGAUUUUUUAAAAAAUGUGAUGGAGUGGAGUCUUCCAUGAAAGACUGUUGAGUAUUUACUGAAGUGUUUCUGGCAAUCUUCUGUGUAAUUCUAAGUAAAAGGAUGAUGUUGGGAUAAUGAAGUUGUGGGAGAAAAAAAUAUCGAGGCCUUUAAUCACAUAAAGUGGAAAUAUCAAUUUUUCCAUCUUAGAAAUAAACCCUGCAUAUGGUUAAACUGGAUCUAAUGUGACCUUUGCUCCUCCUCCAUGAAACUAAAGCAUACUUUCUAUUAUCUUACUUUCUCUGUCCUUUCCUGCUUUUGUAAUGAGUCACUUCACUGAUAAUGUGAGCAGGAAAAGAGCAGAAAUCAGGGGAGGAGCCAGAUUGACUCCUUUUCUUGGGCUUGCUUCAAAAAUAAAUAUCGGUAAAAGGAUAUUGCCAGCUAUUUUAGUUAAAUAGGAAGAUCAGGGAAAACACUUGGAGAUUGUGAGAGUAUUUCCUAAAGAUUUCCUUGUGAGUUUUAAUUAUGUACUCUUUGUGCAACUUGUGUUCACCUGCUGAGCAAUACAUGCUAUCAAGAAAAUCAUAAAUUGAUUGCUCAGGCAAAUUAUUCAGAACAUGAUAGGGGAUUCUCAUUCUCUGAAAACCAAAGUAUUGCAAAGACUUCAAUGAAAAGUAGAGUGGAGAGUGAGCAAGAAAGUAGGGGAGGCAUGCAGGUUGCUUCCUGAAUUAUAGAAAUUAGUAAUCAUGUGUGUUGAUUAAUUUAUAUAUUUGCUUCUGAAUAAAACAGUACUUCUGCAGAUGAA